AUGGAACAACAAGGCCAAUCCGGGGUCCCCGGCCCUGCCGGUCGCCGGCUCCAUAUAGCUCAUCGGAGAAGUCCAUCUGAGCUCACUCCUUUAAUGAUGGAACAACUGGCGAUCCAACAGCAGAUCGAGCUGCUUCAGCAGCAGCAACAACAAAUUGCUGCAACCCAUCAGCAAUACGUCAACAUGGGGCUCCUACAACCCCAGCAACCCAUGGGCCAGGUUCCUGGAUAUUCUCCCAACAUGCAAGGACAGGGGUCAAUGUCCGGCGUUUCUCCCCAGGUUAACGCUUUCCAAUUUCCUAUGCAGCAACAACAAAUGGGUGGUGCCAUGAACAAUGGUCACUCUCACCGUCGUAACCAGUCUGCCCUUCCGGGCAUGGGCAUGGGCCCUCCCCCGGCCCCCUCCUCCGGCGCUUCUGGGUCGGCAUUUGCAGAUAUCCAUCAAGGGAACCAAAAUCGCGAGAAUAACGCACCUUCUCGAGGACGAGGUGCCCCAGCCGGUGGUGGCCAUCAACGCCGUCACUCCUUGGCCCUGCCCGAGGCGAAGAAAGCCGCCGAACUAGCGCAGCAGAAACGAGCCACCGCUGGUUUUCAGUUCCCCGCUCCAAGCCCAAGCCCCGGAGGGUCCGGUAGCCCUGCCGACUCCACGCCCCCAGAUGACAAGCCAAAGACGCCGCAAGGACUCGGUUUACAGCGUGCAGGAGGGAGCUUUCGUGGUGGCGCUCAUGGAAGAAGUCAAUCUAUGGCCGUUGGCAGAGGUGCUGCUGGCUUCCAGUUUCCCAUUCCAGAGAGCGCGCAGGCCGAACCACCCAAGCGUGGUCACGGCCGAUCACAAUCAAGAAACUUUGAUGGCAAUUGGAGACAGCCAAAUAAUAAUAACAACAACAACCAAGACCAGCAAAAGUCCCACCAGGGCAAUCAACAACAUGGCGGCGGUGGCUUCCAGCCUGGCCAUCGUUCUCGAGGGUCGAUGAAUCAGUCAAUUGGUCAAUUUCAGUAUCCCAAUCAACCCCAACUUAUCCAGCUACCCCAAGGCCAGGUCGUUAUGGCGCCCCAAAUGUUCAACGGCCAGCAACUCAACCCUCUUCAACUCGCUCAGCUUCAGGCCAUGCAGCAAAAUGGCCAGAUGAACGGCUCAAUUGGUCUUCAAGCAAGCCAACAUGCACCUCAGCAACUCUCUGCUCAGCAGCAGCAGCAGCAACGGAAGACCCUCUUUACCCCUUAUCUUCCCCAGGCUAACCUACCUGCCUUACUGAGCAACGGACAAUUGGUUUCUGGCAUACUGCGUGUGAACAAAAAGAACCGUUCAGACGCCUACGUCACUUGUGCAGAACUUGAUGCGGAUAUUUUCAUUUGUGGUAGCAAAGACCGCAAUCGCGCUCUCGAGGGCGACUUCGUCGCCAUCGAGCUGUUGGAUGUCGAUGAAGUCUGGACUCAGAAACGUGAAAAGGAAGAGAAGAAGAAACGAAAGGACAUCACCGAUACGAGAUCAGGUGACAAAGUUUCUCGAUCUGAUUCCGGCGCAAACGGUGAUAACCAGCAAGUUGGCCCUGAUGGCAGCAUUCGACGCCGUGGUAGUCUGCGUCAGCGUCCUACUCAAAAGAAAAACGACGAUGUGGAAGUCGAAGGCCAAAGUCUUCUACUUGUUGAGGAAGACGAAAUCAGUGAUGAGCAGAAACCUUUGUAUGCGGGCCACGUUGUUGCCGUUAUUGAACGAGUUGCCGGUCAAAUGUUCUCUGGUACCCUUGGCCUUCUCCGCCCAAGUAGCCAAGCGACAAAGGAGAAGCAAGAAGCCGAACGUGCCGCCCGAGAUGGUGGUCAUGGUCGACAGUCCGACCGUCAUCAAGACAAACCCAAGAUUGUAUGGUUUAAACCUACCGACAAGCGUGUUCCUUUGAUCGCCAUUCCCACUGAACAAGCACCUCGCGAUUUUGUCGAGAAACACCAAGACUACGCCAACCGUAUUUUUGUCGCCUGUAUCAAGCGGUGGCCUAUCACCUCGCUCCAUCCUUUCGGUACAUUGGUGGAACAGCUUGGUGAGAUGGGUGACUUGAAGGUCGAAACUGAUGCUCUUCUCCGUGACAACAAUUUUGCGGCUGAUGAGUUCUCCGAAGCCGUGUUGAAGAAUGUCGGCUGGGAGGACUGGACCACUACUUCUGAGGGUGAUGCCCUGUUUGCAUCCCGUCGUGACUUCCGGGACGAGAAGACCUUUACCAUCCACCCUACGGGCACCAGGGAGCUGGCCGAUGCGUUCCACAUGAAGAAACUGGCCGAUGGCAAGAUUGAAAUCGGUAUCCAUGUAGUUGACAUUGCGCACUUUGUCAAGCAGAACUCUCUCGUGGACCGUGAAGCGAAGAAGAGAGGUACCGGUGUUUAUCUGAUGAACCGAGUUGUCAACAUGCUACCAUCUCGUUUGUCAACCGAUGUUUGCUCGUUGCUUCCUGGUCAGGAGCGUUUAGUCGUCAGCGUUGUCUUCCAGGUGGACCCUUCGACUGGUGCCGUGGAUGAUAACGUCUGGAUUGGAAAGGGAGUUAUCAAGAGCUCUGGGAAGCUGACCUAUGAUGAUGUGGAUGCCACUCUCAAUGGAAACUCUGAUCUUCCGUUGGAAGGGGCAACUGCUGAUGAAAUCCGUCUUUUGGGGUCCAUCACAACCAAGUUCAAGGAAGCCAGAUAUGGCAACCGGGCGACCAACAUCCCAUCGCUUCGCCUUCUCUACCAGCUUGAUGACGAAAACAUGCCGGUUGAGCACAAUAUAUUCGACUCUUCCCCAACUCAUGAAUUGAUCGAAGAGCUCAGCCACAAGGCCAACUUCUUCGUCGCACGCAAGGUCUACGCAGCGAUGCCUGAUAAGGCAUUCCUUCGACGCCAAGCUGUUCCCAACUCUCGCCGACUUCAAAGCUUUGUUGACAGAAUGAACAGACUUGGCUUUGAUAUCGACCCUACCAGCAGCGGGUCCCUGCAAGCCAGUCUUUUCAAGAUCCAGGAUCUCGAUCUCCGCAAGGGUAUGGAAACUGUCUUGGUCAAAGCAAUGCAACGCGCCAAGUACUUUGUUGCCGGUAACUUGACCGAGGAACAACGCCAGCACUAUGCGCUCAACCUGCCUGUCUAUGCGCACUUCACAAACCCUACUCGACGCUACGCCGAUAUCCUUGUUCAUCGUCAACUCGAUUCCAUUUUGUCAGAAGGCGCCAUUGAAUUCUCCGAAGAUGUCGAGACCUUGACGAAGACGGCCGAGCAGUGCAACAACAAGAAGGACUCUGCUCACAACGCUCAAGAACAGAGUGUUCACAUUGAAUCCUGCCGUGUUAUGGACAAAAAGAGACAAGAACUUGGCGGUGAUCUUAUCAGCGAGGGUAUUGUGCUCUGUGUAUACGAGUCGGCCUUUGAUGUUCUUCUCCCUGAAUUCGGCUUCGAAAAGCGUGUUCACUGUGAUCAGCUUCCUUUGAAGAAGGCAGAAUUCCGCAAAGAAACUCGUGUUCUUGAAUUGUACUGGGAGAAGGGUGUGCCUUCUUCUGCUUACAUUCCCGAAGACGAACGCCCGAACGCAAGCAGCUCAAGAGCAGCUCAUGCUGCCGCUGCUGCACAACAGGCGGAGGCAGCUCGCGAACGCGCCAGAGAACGGGAAGAGGCUCAGCGGAAGCAGACGGAGACCGGGACUAUGUCUACCGACGACGUUGACGCUCUGUUCGACGACGACGAUGAUAUGUCGGAAGUCACCGAAAUGGCCGCUGGCGUUUCGCUCAAUUCUUCGGCCGAUCGAACAACCCACAGCAUGCCUCCUUCACCUACACGAAACGGCCAUCCCGACCAGGCUCCACACCGCACCCGCUCCGAUCCUAAGAUUACAGUGAGCACUAGCGACACCCCAGAGGCGAAGAUGACGAACAAGGAGAAAUACCUUGAUCUUUUCAAGCUUCGUGAAGAAAACGGGGAGUACAUUCAGGAUGUUACCGAAAUGACUCGUGUCCCUAUUAUCCUUAAGACCGACUUGAGCAAGAGUCCACCUUGCUUGACAAUCCGUUCUGUCAACCCUUAUGCUCUUUAA